AUGUCAAAGAGAUCCGCUGAAGAUUCUAUUACCAGUCUGAACGGCCACUCCGCCGCCAAGACGUCUGCUUCGGACUUGCCACCAACGACCAGUGUCGCAGACACUGGUGAUGACGUUGAGAUGGGCGAGUUUGAAGAUCCAUACGGAGACGAUUUUGAAUCAGAUGGAGAAAUUAUUGAACUUGAUUCAGCAGAUGAAGAUGAUGAGUCCGAACCUCAAGGAAUUGAGCAACUUGAAGCAAAGGAACGCCAACAAGAAGAACCACAAGAGACAAUCUACCUCCCUCACAAAUCAAAGCCUUUGGGACCAGACGAAGUGUUGGAAGCAGAUCCGUCAGUUUACGAAAUGCUUCACAAUGUAAACUUACCUUGGCCAUGUUUAACUGUCGAUAUUCUCCCAGACAGUCUUGGAAACGAGAGAAGAACAUACCCUGCAUCAUUAUAUGUCACAACGGCGACACAAGCAUCCAAGAACAAAGACAACGAAUUGAUAACCAUGAAGUUGUCGUCUUUAGCCAAGACCCUUGUGAAGGACGACGAUGACGUAGACGAAGAAGAAGAAGACUCAGACAAUGAAGAUGUCGACCCUAUAAUGGAAUCAGAAACCAUUCCUUUAAAAUACACCACCAAUAGAGUCAGAGUAUCACCUCAUGCCCAACAAACUGGAGAGUACCUAACCGCAACUAUGAGUGAAAAUGGAGAAGUCUACAUUUACGACUUGCUGUCCCAAUACAAGGCAUUCGACACUCCAGGCUUUAUGAUCCCUAAGACCGCCAAGAGACCUACUCAUACCAUUAGAAACCAUGGAAAUGUUGAAGGGUACGGUUUGGACUGGUCCCCACUCAUAAACACUGGUUCCUUACUUACCGGUGACUGCACUGGUCGUGUUCACCUCACCACCAGAACCACCUCUUCAUGGUCCACUGAUAAGACCCCAUUUUUUGCAUCUCAAGCCUCCAUUGAAGACAUUCAGUGGUCAACCGCUGAACAGACAGUUUUUGCUACCGCCGGAACGGAUGGUUACGUCAGAAUCUGGGAUACUAGAUCUAAAAAGCAUAAGCCAGCUAUUUCUGUUGUGGCAUCUCAAAGCGAUGUGAACGUCAUCUCUUGGUGUGACAAGAUCAACUACUUGUUGGCAUCUGGUCACGACGAUGGUACCUGGGGUGUAUGGGAUUUGAGAAAUUUCAACGGGAAGGAAAAGCCAACCCCAGUAGCCCACUACGAUUUCCACAAGCUGCCUGUCACUUCGAUCUCAUUUAACCCACACGAUGAAUCCAUCGUGGCAGUAUCAUCCGAGGACAAUACUGUUACCCUUUGGGAUUUGGCAGUUGAAGCGGACGACGAAGAAAUUUCUCAACAAAGAAGAGAAGCUCAAGAGUUGCAUGAUAUACCACCCCAAUUACUUUUUGUCCACUGGCAAAGAGACGUCAAGGAUGUUAGAUGGCACAAGCAAAUCCCAGGUUGUUUGGUAUCCACUGGUGGUGAUGGGUUAAAUAUUUGGAAGACAAUUUCUGUAUAA